AUGGUUAACCUCUACCCUUCCCUGGGCGUGCACAACCCCUUCGACUAUGACCUCUCUUGGGUCACAUCAUGGGUGAUACCCCCGCGCAUCUAUGCGGGAAUCAGGCUACUUCUCGCCCUUUACACAGGGAUCGCAUGCAUCGUGGACCUUACUAUCGGCGCGACGACGACCACCCAGUUCACGUACGUCCUCGGUCACCCGUAUUCACACGUCCCACUGACAUUUUUCCACAGAUACUUCUCAUACUUCACAAAUCUCUGUUACGUCGGACUUGUUUCUUGGUUCUGGGCAUCAGCGGUGCAGACAGGCGCAUUCGCUUUCAGCAAGGGGAAGCAUUAUCCACUCCAGCGAUGGCCGCGAUUCUUGCAAUUGCUGCACGUGAUCUUGUUUACCACCGUGGCAGUUUAUCCUUUCAUCGUGAUGAUUGUUGUUUGGGCAAUAUUGUAUAACCCGAAAACCUAUUGGGCGACGACCUACAGCACCUGGGAGGAGAUUACAGUGCACAUCUUAAACGGUGUAUUUGCGCUGUUCGAACUUAUCUUCAGCAACAUCCAACCUAUGCCCUGGGGGCACAUAGUCUUCAUCCUGAUUGGACUUGCUUUAUACCUCGGCGUUGCGUAUAUCACCCGCGCUUCACAGGGAUUCUACACCUACUCGUUUCUUAAUCCAACGGCGCAGGGCAGCUUGUUGGCGGGUUACAUCGUUGGCAUCGCAGUGGGAGGCGCUGUCGUGUUUAUUGUUGUCCGGUAUAUCAUCGUGUUCCGAGUGUGGCUGACUCGCGGAGUGCAUCAAACGCCUUCCGUAGCACGCGGGGAGUUCAAGGAGGUUGACGACGCAGCAAGAUACGACGUAUAGUGGGGACAUUUUCUUCAGGCAUGGACAUGGGUUGAAUCUCACUUCCAUAUACAUCUUGGUCGGGCUUACUGUGGUCAUGCACUAAACUAUUGAUUACAUUGGC